AUGGAAGGCAACGCCACAGAAAAUGGGAAACUGCAGGGCGGCAAAGCGAAGACAGAAACGAGCCCGAAGCUCACCAAAGAAGCUCUGCAGGUAGUACUCAAGGACUGUGAGAUACCUCACACUGGAAAAAAAGACGACUUGGUCAAGCGUGUGCAGGAAAAUGCACAUAGUUCGCCGGUCUCUCCAAAGAAAGACAAGUUGGUCAAGUUUAUGCGAGAAUAUGGCAUUGAUGACGAAACGCCAUCUGUUGAUGUUAGUGAGAGCUAUGACAAAAACAGUUUGGGGACCCUCAAAAACAACGACCUCAAGGCAAUCCUCAAGGAGAAUAGCCUUCCGACUUCGGGCAAGAAGGCAGACUUGCUUCAGCGUUUGCAGGCAGCUGGUGUUGGCUCUGCAGAAAGUACCGGUAGCCAUAAAGCAUCCGCAAAGGUUGGCGGACGAAACGAAAGGUCGGAGAAGCCAAGCAUUGAGUUUGGGGUGCUCUGCACUUCUCAGACCUUCUUGGGCUCUCACCGGGAUGGUCAAGCUUCUCAUUUCUCCUUGCACGGAUUGAAAGAGAGUCCCAAGGAUGAUUCAGGAGGUGGCAAAGCUUCAAGCAGUAACGUCGCCUCGGCUGCACUCGAAAGAAGCACCCCACCACGCCAACCUGCAGCCUCGGACAAGAAGGCGCAGGUCGAUAGCCCUGCGCCUGUGCCUUGCUGGUUGUGCAUCAAUCGAUGUGAGUCCACUGAUCCCCUGGGUCCUCUUUAUCGCCAGCUCUAUGAAUGGUAG